AUGACUAAACCACUGCCAAUUCGUCAGCGUGCAUACGCACCAAAAACCCGCGCAGGUUGUGUCGGGUGCAAGACCCGGAGACGGAAAUGCGACGAAGCCAAGCCACAAUGCGAGGGCUGCCGCCGUCGCCGCCUGGUCUGUGUCUACGGGCCGAGCCGGGCUCAGCUUAGAGACACGACGAAGCAGCUAGUCAACAUUCAGCCAAUGCCAACCAGAGAGCUACAACUGUACCACGAGCCCUCGCGAUCUGUCUUUGCAAAGCUUUCAUCUGCCGAAGUCCCAUAUCUUGACUACUUUGUCCGUAAACUCGUACAUCGCCUAUCUUUCCCCGGUCUGGGCAAUACCGGCCUCGUCCAAUUCUUAUCUCAAACCGCGCUACAGCAGUGUGAGCAUAAUGAGCAUAUUCUCCACGCUGUGGUGGGCAUAGGUGCUCUGGCCUACUUCCGACAAUCCAAGUCUACCAAUGUGCCCCUAUACCAACAUCGCCUAUCGGGGUGUCUGGAGAACGAACACUAUCGCCGUGCCGUGAAGCACUACGGCCAAGCCAUCGCCAGCACGCGCAGCUUGAUGCAAGAUGAUGCCAGCAGACAGCCCUGGCUGGUACUAAUUACAUGCGUUCUUUUCGUCCUAUUUGAGCAGCUGCAGGACAAUACUGAUGCCAUCGACAAGCUGACGGCAUCCGUGAUCAAAUUCCUCAAUUCUCCCACCCGGGGAAGUCUCGCCAGCGGCGACCUGCUAGCAGCCGCUGUAGAUGAUACGGGCGUUGCAGAAGCCGAGCAUUUCAUUUGCAACAAUGUGGUCAAUAAUAGCAUGUUCUCCCCCAUGUAUCCACAGUGCCGCAAACACCUUCAUGACCUGUCCAUCCUGUCCCCGCAAAUGGCUGCCAUAGUAGGUCCCGAGAAGAGUGUAGCCGAAUUUGUUUCCGGGUGGUUCAGGGUUGGGACCGUCAUGGUUUCACCAUCCUUAUCAUUUGCCCAAGAUCUCACCAUGCCCCGCGAAACGGUGAUUGCCAUCAUGAGCGCAUGGGAACAAGAGACUCAGAGGCGACUGUUAUCGGAUCCGAAACCUACCGGCCACUCGGCAUUCCUGCUCCGCUACGUUGGUAUUGCCUGCAAAGCCGUGACCCAGAGCCCACCAAGGGGGCCCGCAGACCGAGAUUUGUCUGUCGGUGGGCACGAAAUCAUGGAAAUGAUGCAACUAAUCGAGGACGAAUUUGAAGCAAAUCGUCCAACCUUGACCCUGGAGGAUUCCGAACUCAUUGGCGAAGGAUCCUACGAUGUCACCCUCCCGGGUUUGUUUAUUGCCGCGCGAGACAUGUCAUCGUAUCCUGUGCGUCUUAGGGCAUUGAAUAUCUGCCGGCGGAUACUGCGGCCUUCGUCUUCUUGGAGCAACAAGGCUAUUUACCUUGGCCUUUGUGCCUUGGUCGAAAUAGAAGGGGCAGGGCAGACACAAGAAGGGGCAACCGAAUCUCAGUUGGGGGAACAAUAUAAUUGGACUGAAGGCUAUUGGAACGAGGACUAUACCAAGCUGCAUGUUGUACUCCAAGCCGUGACACCACCAGGGGAUCUCGGCCACACACCCAGACGCAGACACCUGAUUGUUUCGCCUCAAGCCUAUGGUCUGGCUUGA